CCGUCAUCCGCUUUUGACGCUCAGUCGUGCUUUCUACCAUUUUUCCUUACCUGCCAAAAUUUUCUUUCGUGAUACGUCUCUGGAUUAAGUUGAAUUUCUCCCGUUGCUCAUCAUGAACUUAUUGUGUGUUUAAUUUGAGAGUUAUAAAAAGAGAUCAUUCAUUCCGAGUCUUAGAUACCUUCUGAUCGGCUGUUGAAUUACCCUCUCACAAUUCUUCAGUUAUUCUUCGUAAAAGCUCUGUUUAAUUUAUUUUUGUAACUGUAAAUUUUUGCUCAUGCUUUUUGCCUACAGUACUUUCUUAUUCGCCGCUAUAAAGUGCCUUCUGUUGUGUAUGCUUUCAAAAAGUAGUGAUGUUUUUGAUCGUCUCAAUGUUCGUCAAUUUAAAUAUUAAUUUUAAAAUACAAACGUGACUGGCAUCCAAUUGGAAUAAGGUUCAAUUAUCGUCUGCAGCGUUAAAAUAAUCUCUCUUUAAAAUGUCGCCGAAAAAUAAACACUGAAUAGAACUGUAUAGAGAAUGUACUGUAUAGAGAAUGUUGUAUGUGUUCAUUUAAAAUUGCUGUCAAGAUUACUAGGCUAAUCGAAUUUCAUAAUAUCUGUUUAAAAGUCAGUCAAAGAAUUUGAAUGCGUGUUCAAAAUUAAUCUUAUCCAGAGCUUAAGUGUAUUACUACUAUUGUAAAAUUUUUGAUGAAACGGUUUAACAUGUCUUAGAAUGUUUCCGCGUUUUUCAAAUAAUAUUAUGUUAGGCAAUUCGUGAAUCUUUCAUUGAAUGGAUAGAUGAUGAUGAUCCGCGUUCUUUCGUGCUUCCUCAAUUUCCUCUUUUAAAUGGAAUGGGUGUGGCCGAGGCAUCUCUAAUAGAGUUGUCCUCCUAAGCUCGCAGGUGGCGUACCGAAGUGGAUCCCUCCCUAUUCUGUCUUUUAGUUUAUUCUGCGUGGAACGAAUUACCUCAGUUUAUCAUAGUCUUUUCCAUCAGCGUUUUUCUGGUAGCAACUUCCUAUCAGUUGCCAUUCCGAUAUUGUGUAAUAGGCUUUUAUUUCAAGUAUGUUUCACUUGAUUGGUCACUUUUGUAUAAAGAAUUUUAGUCAAGUCAAAAUCCAUACAAAUUUUGCGAUUCUUUUCUUACCUUAGGUAAUUUACAAAAACUUCAUUAAAAUUUUUUGCAUUUAUCUUCCGUAAAAAAUAGGAAUGUGAGCCAGCAUUUAUUUCGUUAACCUAGCUAUUUAUUUUCAUUCACUGUUUCGUAAUUACCGUAUUCCGAAGUUCAUUUGAAAUAAUUGCAGAAUUUUGAAACCUUUCUGAUUUCUUUCUGAAUAAAACAUCUGCUGAAUACUUUUACACUAGACGAAUAGUUUUAGAAAAUCCAUCGUCGUCGCUUGCUGCUGCUUUGAACUAGAAGUUAAAACUCUUGCUUGUCCAAAGAAUUCUUGGAAUCCAUCGACUUCAAAAAGAAAAGCAAAAUUAUCUUAGUUUUUUCCUUUCUACAAAUCGCAUCCUUUCCCUUUUUUUUUAUUGUAUAUAUUUUACAUUUCAGUGUGAUUUUAUUUAGUCUCUUUCCCUUUCUCCCAUCCACUAAACGUUGUAUAUUUUUAAACAUAUGUGUUUCUUCGGGUUUUUGCAUCAGUUUUUUUCGGUUUGUGUUUGGUAAACAAACAGACGAUAAGAGUAAUAUUUGUAGUACAUAAAGAUCAACAACGUAACAGUUAGCUUCUAGCAUUUAGACGGCAUAUUUAAUGUAAAAUGCAAAUGUUUUGAAGCAUUGAAUGUUUUGUUUGUCAUGAGUGGCCGUUCUCGGAGCAACGGUUCGAGUGGUCGUAGGCAGGAUAAUGCGAAAUUACGUACUGCUCCUGAUCUGUGCGAGUAUCCAGGAUACGACGACGAAGAUGAGUACGAAUAUGAAGACUGCUGUUGUCUUACAGGUUUGAUCCGGAGUGGAGAUUUUAUUCAGGUAAUAGCCUUCAUCUGUGGUUUAAUUGUCAUUCUUUUGAUGAUCUUAUGUCUUGCAUCAUCGAACUGGCUAACUGCUGUAAAGUUUAGACAAGGUCUUUGGGAACACUGUGUGGAUGAUGGUGCCAUGAAACCUCUACCAUUUAACCUCGAUGUAAGACCAGGCUGUUAUCCAGUUAGAAAAGAAAGUUACAUUCAAGGAGCUGCUGCCCUUUGUGUAAUUACGUUACUUAUGGAUAUUGGAGCCACUGUGAUGACAGGAAUGGGAUUAUGCAGUAAAGAUCCCACUCGCAAGUAUCAGUUAUACAGACUUGCACUGUAUACCAUGGUUGGUGCAUUGCUUUGUGUACUGAUUGCAUUAGUGAUCUAUCCUGCCUGCUUUGCAUCUGAAAUUGAACACAGUAAUAGAUCAGUGUGGGAAUUUGGUUGGGCAUAUGGUGUUGCCUGGGGUUGUGCUAUAUUUCUGUUUGGUGCCAUACUUCUCUUGCUCUGUGACAAAGAAACAGAAGAAAUUUAUUACAAAGAACGGACCAUCACCCAUGAAAAUGGAGAUUCAAAAGCAUAAAACUGGUUGCAAGAAAUUGUACAAAAAUAUUACUAAUAUUGUAAAUAAGAUUAUAAGUAGGGUUGCCAACAGAAAAUAAUUGAUUGUACAUUUUUACCUUAAGAUAGUUUUUAUUCAAAUAUAUCAGCCUUACAUUAAGUUUUAUAAGCGUAAAUAAAAUUUGAUACAUCAUGUAGGCUUUCAAGUUUCAUUAAAAUAUGAGCGAAGCAAUCCUUUGAUCGACAACAUAUCUGAGAAUUACAUAAAACAUGUAUAACAUUUCUAACUUAAAUAUUAAGUGAAUUAUUAUUUCAAAUAAGAGAAGUUGUUGACAGUUUUGAAAAAAGUAUUAAUUUUAUCUUUGAAGUUACAAGAUUUUAACAUUAUCUAAUUCUGUAAAUUUUUGUAAUCAUAUUGGGAAAACAGAGAUGAAAAUUUAAUAAUAUCCUUUUUAAAAGUCGUUGGCAACUCGAUUUUUUUCCCUCUGAGAGAGACCUUUUGUCAUCCAUCCAUGAAUGCAGCCAGUCCACUGGAAUGUGUGUUUUAACCCUUAUUCUGACUGAUCUCUUGAAGCUUUUUACAUUAUUUCUUCUGACUAAUCUGACAUUUUCACCAAAGCAUACAGAAGUUUUUUUUUUACGUCCAGAAAUGCAGUGCAAAUGAAUUUCUAAGUGUUAAAUAUCCAUUAUUCUAAUAUGAAUAAACUUAUUUCUUAUCUUGUCAUGUUGUUGCUACUCUGUAAAAAGCAACAAAAAAUGGAACACUGCAAAAAUGUGUAAGUGCCAUGGUUGAAUCUAAUUAUGGUAAUGUCUUAAAAUGUUUCCUUAUCUGAUGUAUACCUUAUCUAGAUCAAUAUUGAUAGUGCAAUGUUGUUCAAAAUUUAUAUGUGUAUUUAGUGCAAUCAUUAUUUUUGCUUGAAGUUUAGAACUGUUUGUCUCCCUCCUUAUAAUCAAUCUUUCUAUGUAACCUCAAAUUGUUAAAUUUGGAAUUAAUUGUCAUUCAAAAUAUAUUUUCUAGUUUUCCUUUCUUUUCUUCUAUUAAUUUGGUAAAGUUAUGUAAAGAAAAAUUCAAGCUUACAAAUUAUGUGGAAUUAUCACAAAUUCUUUAAUCGUUUGACAAUUCUGAUAAGUUCUUUUUACUUUCAUGUAAGAUUUUAAGGUUAGCUGUUUUAAUAUCAUUUGAAUUUGAUGGGAUAUAUAUUUAUAUAACAGAAAUUAACUAAGACAUAUAUGGAUGUUACAACUUAUAUAUUACUCUCUAAAACUUGCUAUUAGUUUUACUCUGCGUAUGGUAUAACAGAUGUAUGUUUCUUCCCAUUUUUUCAACUAUCUUAUAUGUUAGACAUUUUUUUUUUUUUUUUUUCAUGAAAAAAGCUUUUAUAUCUUUGAUACAUGACAAUUUUAAUCCCCUUGUGCGAGCGAAUUCGUUUCUAUAACCUACAGAAACGUUUUCAAAUUUAAGUUUAGAUCAUGCAUUAGAUUGCAUUUCACUGUCUUUUCAUGACUUCAUUCGGGAUGUUGCUUUAUUGUCACUGGCAGAAGAAGCAUGUAAAAAACAUUGCAGAAUUUGAGGCUGCACCUAUUUAGCCACAACUGUAUGUGGCUUGUGCCUUGAACUAGAAAUAAAUUAUGCAAAGGGUAGAUUCAUUUUUAAACAUUUUUUCUGAUAAUGCUGGUUUUAUAGACCAGUGGCUACACUGCAAAGUCACAAUUAUAGGCUCUUAUGACAAGUGUUUUUGUAAAUUGUUAAUUACCAUUAUAAUUUGGUUUAAUGUUUAUAUAUUUCCAUGGUCAUUAAAAUAAAAUUUUGGUUAAUUUGUUGUUAAAGUAUUAAUUUUUAUUCUUAUAGUUAAAAAUUAUUUUUUAAUUAUUGUAUUGAUUGUAUCUUUUUGUAACUGUAGUGAAGAAAGUGUUAUGCAAAAUUAUAUUCUGUAAGUUUUUUAAUAAUGUAUGUGUAUGCCCUUAUAUAGAUACCAUUGCCCUCAGGUAUUUAAACGAAUGAGGCUGAAUUAAAAGAUUCCAUGCAAAUUUUAUUUUGUAUAAAAUUUAAUUAACUUUUUCUGAUUAUUGAAGAUCAAUGCAUAAAUUAUAUAUGGAGUUAUACCUUUUUAGUGAGCCAUAAACAAAAAAAUCCCUCCAAUUUAACAUAGUAACCUGAUAUUUUUAUUUUCAAAUUAUAUGUAUUGUAAAUACUAGCUGUUGAAAAGUCCCAGAAAUAUAGUUUAGAGUCUUUGUGUAAGUGUAUAUACCAAAUGAUAUUAAAGAAUGUGUUGGCUGAUACUUGCAAAUAUGUUUAUUAGGUGAAUCAGGGUUUCCUAACUAUUGAAGUUUUCAUAGACAUUUGCUUUUUAUAUUCUUUGUGUAUCUUGCUAACAUACCUGAAGAUCAUAGAAAAUAGUGCAGUAGCGUUAGAUGUGUUAAGAUAGUUUACUUCAUUACUAAUGUUAAUGUUCUUAAAAGCCUAAAAUAUAUAAAAAAAUAUUAAAACUCUGCAUUUUUUAGUGUAGUUCUAUUACACUGUAAGUUAUAAUACUUAGUAACACUGGUAGGCCUAAUGAAUUACAAACUGUAUUGGUUGUAAAAAUUAUCUGUAACCUAAUUUCUUCGGUAUCCAUGUGAAAGUCUAAUUAAAAAUCUAAAAUCUAAAUAAAUGUAUUCUUUAUCUUAUUCUGACUUUUUUUAACAUUAAAAAAUGUUUACUAAUUAUUUCAUAAACAAAGAAGAAAAUAAUAACCACCUCUGAAGUUUUUAAGAUUCCUAAUGUAUUUUCUAAAUUUGGUAUUAAAAUCACAGGUCUUUCAAGAUAUAACUUUCUUGAAUAAUAGUACUCAUGCUAAUUAAAAUUUUAAUGUGAAAUUAUGAAAAGAAUGGUCAUAUCAUGCUGCAUAUGGAUAAGUUCUGCUUGUAGAAUACAAAUUGUUUAUGCACACAAUAGAAGUAUUACAUGCAAUCAGUCUGAAAGCAUGGUAAAACUAAAAGACAUAGAAAAUUACAGCUUUUGUAAGACAUUAUUAUAGUACUUUUCGUAUUUUGAAUAAUUAAUCGGAAUGAAUAGAUGUUUUAUUUGGUAUAAAUCUAUAUUUAAGCUAUCUUCAGUAGAAAUUCCAGUUGUUAUAGAGAAGAAAGAUGUUAUACAUUUAAUAUGAGUUGAAAUUAAUGUUGAAUGGUUGGUGUCAUGUCCUUUGAGAAGUCAAACAGAUCCAUUCAUGGAAAUUGCUGCUUUUGCCAGAUCCGCAGUCUUUUCAGUGUAGAGCUAUCCCUGCGGAAAUUUUCCCCAAGCUUUGCAGAGCUGCAAGUAUUAGCGGACAGGUAAAGAUGUUUUCUGGAGAAAGCUCCGUUUCGGGGCAGUUUCUACAACUUCUAUAUGAUCUGGUACCAUUUUCAUUCCUCUAAAAUGGCAGGUUCUCAGUCUAGUAAUGGCCUUUGUGAUUUCUCUAUUUGCAUCAAUCUCACAUAUCUGAUGGUCUUUCUUAAUAGAUUUAUCUUUGAAUCUCUAUCUGGCAAUGGCAUUAGCAUCUUCAAGUGUGACGGGGAUCAAGUUGUUGAUAUUUCUUGUCUUUUUAGUCAGUUUGUCUGCUUCCUCAUUUCCAUCAAUUCCAACAUGUGCGGGUAUCCAUUGCAUAAUGCAUGUCUUUCCCUUCAGGUUGAUUGUGUGUAGGUAUUGGUGUAUUACCCGGGUGAGUCUUGAAUGUCCUUGCAGUAUUGCCACUAGGGCAACCUUAGAGUCACAGUAAAUUAUAAGUCUGCUGGCUUUAUCAUUAUCAUUUGAUAUAUGAAAUUAAUGUGAUUAUAUAAUAUUGAUACAUUUCAUGAAGCAGAUGGUUUUUUACUUAAUUAACACUAGAAAGGAAAUGGUAUUUGUUUAACACUUAAGCUUUAAAAACGAUAAAAUUACUAUAAAAUGUAAACUUCUAUGUAUAAAUUUCUGUAGUAUCCAUAUAUUCAACUUAUUUCAUCUAAAUUGCUGCAUAGUUUCUUUUUAAAACAGAACCAUGUAAAUAUACAUUGGGUAGUUAGGAACCCUGUUUAGAUUGCUCAAGGUUCUACUUGAGCUUAUGAGAUGAAGUAAGUGUGUUUAACUUAGAUAUGUAAUUUAUUUUAGAUUUUAUUUUAUACCAUUAGUGUAAAAAGGAUUGUUUACAAUUUAUGUGAAUAAUUGAUUUUGAAACGGGUUAACAGAUAAAUCUGAAAGCAUGUUAAAUUUGUGUAAUGUGUCUUUUCAUGUGUAAUAAUUUAAGGAUUUUACAAAAAUAUUAAAUGAAUUUCAAUUUUUAUAAUAAACAAAAAAAAUUGAACCUGAAUUAUAUCUUUGACAUUUUUUAACCAAGACGUUCAUUUUAUUUUUCAUAUUUGUACACUCUGUUCUCGAUUUACAAAUAACAAAUGCCAAGUAGAAAUGAUUUUAGUGACAUUUUCUGCGGACAGGUGUGAAAUUAGAAAUAUGUUAAUAGAUUAAUAGUAGAUAGCAGUGUUAAUAAGAUGUAAAAUCUUUUUUGUAAUGAAAUUGUCUCGCUGUGUUUCAUUACAGUAUUUUCCAAUUUUUUAGGAAAUGCCAGUAUUUACUUAGUUUUUCUCUACCUCUAUAUUAGAUAUAUAUUUUUUUUUUUCUACAGUCUGUAAUGCGUUUAUAUUUACUUGUACCAAAACUGUUCUUCCUCUAUAUCUUUUAACAGACUGUUGUCCACAUUUCCACAUUCAUUUAAACUUCAGUUGUCCAAAAUAUAUGUCAGCUUUAUAUUUUUAUACAUUAUUUCUAUAAAUUAAAGAACAAAUCAUCAUUAUUAACUAUAAAUAUCAACAAAAUAGAAUAGUUAAGUGCAAGUUAUGCAGUCAUCGUUUUAUGCAGAUUAAAUAUGUAAUAAAAGCCAGCUGUUAGCUUCAAGUAGCUUCGAAUGAAAAGAAAAAGGCAACUCGAAGAUAUCAAAUAAGUUAUAAGAUUAAGCACUUUUCUUCCUCAUUAGAAAUCUAAAAAUUGUCCAGAAUCAAGCAUAAGCAAUUGAUAGAACUGCAUUUUGUAGAAAUCUUUUGUAGAAAUUUGUAGAAACACCUGGCUCAACUUGGCUUCAAACUUGAUGAAAUGCAUUUAGUUCACAUGCGGAGAACAUUACAGUUAAUCAUUGAAAUUAGUGCUGCAUAAAAUAGCAACACUUUUUUUUUAAAUUUCUAUAUAUUUUCAGUCACAAAAUUAAUUUCUUAAUAUGGUUUUCUAAAAUAUUUAACUCGAGAACUGAGUGUAUCUGUUUCAUUUGUUCAUUGAAAUUUUUAAUGCUGAGUUUAAAAAAUAAAGCUUAUCUCACUGCUUCAGCUUUGUUUAGAUUUUAACUCUGCUGAUGUCUGGUCAUUUAUCAUAGUCAAUAAUAUCAGUGAAUGAAUAGUACCAGUGAAUUAUAAAUGUUGCAUAAAAUAUUGCAUACAUGAAUUUAUACUUCAUGACCAUGUCUGAUUUUGCAUUUGUUGUAAGCUCCUUCUUUACAUUCUUGUGAAUAAAAAUUAUUCUGUAUAGAAAUGAAAA